AUGGCCGGGGCUGGUUUCUGUGACUCCAGGCCUUUGCUGGACUUACACCAAAAGGUGGAUGAGCGAAGGGCCCUCUUCACACCCUGGCAGUGCGCUGAGGAUUAUGAGUCUGGGAUGGUGCCUGUCAACAUGGAGGCAGAGUGUAGAUGGGACACAUUUCAAGCACUCGUGCCUGCUCUUCUGCGCCGUGAAGUGGAGCUUGCAUUAGAGAAACUGGACCUUAUAUGGGACCACACAUUUGCCUGGGAAAUGUUUUUGGAUAUGAUGAGAAGUCAAGCCUCUUGUACCUUUUCAAACCUGGACCUACCAUCUUACUUUACUGACGCUACAAGAAUCAUUCUGGUAGACUGGCUAGUAAAAGUUCACGAGAUGAUGCACUUUCAGGAUGAAACUCUGUAUCUUGCUAUUCAUCUGCUGAACUCCACGCUCCGCCUGAUCAAAGUGACCACAGUCAACCUGCAGCUGCUGGGGAUGGUCUGCCUCUUCAUAGCUGCCAAGAAGGAGGAGACUCUUCUGCCUGAGGUGUCGGACCUCUGCUACAUCAUGGACUACACUUACACUAAACCGCAGCUGCUUCGUAUGGAACGGAAGGUUCUCUGUCAGCUUAAGUUUGACCUGUCGUUCUGUGCUCCUCUUCACUUCCUACUCCUGUUUGCCUCGGUCGCCCGGUGCAGUGCAAAGAUGACUUGGAUGGCCCGUUAUCUGCUGGAGCUGACUCUCAUGGACGGGCAGUGUGUAGUCUUUCAGCCAAUACAGUUGGCAGAAGCAGCGCUGUGUCUUGCUCGCCUGGUCCUGAAGGAGCCGCCAACCCCUGAGGGAGAAGCCGCCUGGUGCCUCGUGUCCAGCCUCCAUCUUGGCAAUGAACCUGCCUUGCUGACCAUCAUGCACAUACUGGCCAUGGCUUCGUCCACUGCGCAGAAAGAUAUCUGGGCCUCGUACAUUAAAUUUUCCUCCCCAGAAACUAUGCAUGUCAGCAGACACCCCGGCCUCAUGAAUGCAUCCCUUCUGCUAGGGCACCAGUGUGUCUUGCCUGUCCCAUCCACCACUCUUGUCUGGACUCCUCUGCCGCUCUCUCUGAUUGGAUCCCCAAACUGCGCCUGGACCAAUGGGGUCGCGUGUCUGCAGCUCGUGAGGAGAAGGCGGUGCUGUCCUGGGGCUGCGGGUUCAUUUGAGUGGAACUUUCAAAAGAAAAGCGUGCUUUGGUUCAAGAUGCCGAGGGAGCCGCCCUGUUCACCAGCUGACACCAGCUCAUCUGCUUCUUCCAUUGAGAAUGCAACAGACCAGAACAGUCCACACAGGCCUGAUGAAACCAGAAAGAGCGGCUCGGAAAAGGACUCUGGGUAUUCUGACACCAGCUCAGAGUUGAAGCCCAAGAAGGAUCGCAGCAGCAAAAAGUCCAGGGAAACCUCAGAUGAUUUUCCGCAAAAAGAACCACACAAAAAUGGAAAUCAUGGAAAUGUUGUCGUGGCUCCACCGACAGGGCAGCUGCCAACAUUUUACAUCAUUAAAAAUAUGGUUGCUGAGCAGCCACACAUUGUCCAGAAGAACCCGGUCCUCUGGUCCAGUCAAUCUUACCCAAGUGGCUCUGGUUCAAACCCAGUCCUCCAGCUCCAGCCUCCAAACACAACGUCCACAGCCCAACCACAAACACCAGGUGCAUCCAAAGCCAUUUCCACCGGAAAACCAGAAACUACCGCUUUUCUGCCAAUCCUAAACUCCUUUCCUCGCAUCGCCCCUCACCCAUACAAGAAACCACCUGACAAAACAACCCCAGCCGACUCUCUCAACCAAAGCAAACGUGUGUGCAUUGAAAGUAAUAAUACACAGACCAAUAAGAGUCUUCAGGGGCAACGCAUUCCUGUCAUCUGUUCCAGCAGCAGUGGAGCAUCUUCCAACUAUGGGACAGCGUCAACGCCCCGGCUUCCGUCAUCCACCACACUGGACAAAACCAGCGUAGCGAACCCUCGACAAAGUUGCUUCAUAAAUACAGUGCAAGUGUUGAAGCAGUCGGGGCUUUUGGACAUCGCUCUUCGCACCAAGAGGCUGGCAAGCGAAAGCAACGUGAGCGCCCGGGACGUCACACAGUUGAGGCAGCAUUCAGAGUCGUUGUGUCAGUUGGCCAGCAGUUCCAAGCAAAACACCAGCAAUAUGGCGUCGUGGCUGGAUCUACACAGAAUCAUGUCUGACUCUGGCAACUAUCCAGAGCUCAAAGACGUUCAAGCUUUACAGGGGCAGAGUGCAGGUCCAAAUGUCAGCGUUGUUAAACCAUUAAGUCUGAUUGGAGGUGUCAGCGAUGGGACUAUGGCUGCGGAAAAACCCUCUUCACCAAAACAAAUGGAUGGGAGCAGGGAGAGUGACUCGAGCACAGACAGUGAUUAA